CUCUUUUCUAGUUCCAUUCAUAUAACAUGUGUGGAUUUUUAAAAUGUGGUUUUAUACACAAUUACACACACACAUAUGUGGUUAUACAUAUAUACGCAUAUAUUUUCUCGCCCUUGGACAUAGCCAAUGCCAUGUCACUGUAUUACCGAGCACUAUUUUAUAAACUUGCCUCAAUGAAGGAUAAGUCCGAGGAAGAUAUAUAAUAUAUUUAAAUACGUAUUUUAUCUAGUUUUUAAAUGAAGAGACGAUGUGUGUUGACAAGUAAUGCGGCGUUGUCACUCCUUUAUUUAGAUUUAUUUUAUCGUAAUUAUAUUUAGGGCUACCGGUACAUGUUCAGGAAGCUUAUUAACAAUUAAAAUCUUUAAAAGCACAAACUUUAUCUGUACAUGGCGGAAUAGCUUUUUCAGACAGAUAGCUAGAUACACUAACUUAGUGUAGACAUACAUAAUAAUAUCAUACAUAGCUGUUUAGCAUGCUGUAUAUUCGUAAAUACACAGUAAGUAAAAUCACGUAGGUAUAUCCUACAGUAAUACAGUAUGUAAUCUGUAUUAUAACCUUCAUCCUCAUUUGUCAAAUAUAUUAAGUGUAUAAUCUAUGCUCAUUUGAUUUCCUCCUACACAAAACUUUGUGACAAAACAGAAUUUGACAACGGACAACAAACACAAACAUUGAUGCUUACCCACCGAAACGAUAAAAAUGUAAAACUUGAAAUAUAAAAAAAAAAUGUCAGUUAACGCCAGCCAGGAUAUACCUGGAUUGAAGCAAAAAAAAGUAUUUAAAAUUAUAGUUCUCGGUGAUUCAGGUGUUGGGAAAACUUGUCUAACUUAUCGUUUUUGUGAGGGCCAGUUUUUAAAUAAAUCUGAAGCUACAAUCGGUGUUGAUUUCAGAGAGAGAAUCAUUAAAAUUCGUAAUGAGGAUAUCAAGCUCCAGUUAUGGGACACUGCUGGACAAGAAAGAUUUCGAAAAUCAAUGGUGCAGCACUACUAUAGAAAUGUUCAUGCAGUUGUCAUUGUUUAUGAUGUUACAAAGCCAGAAACGUUUCAUUCUAUAUCAGCUUGGAUGCAAGAGAUCGAAUCCCAUGGCUUAAUGAAUGCUCCUAGAGUCCUUGUGGGCAAUAAAUGUGACUGUGGUACUCCUGAAUCCAGGCUAGCCACCACUUAUGCUCAGAGAUUAGCUGAUAAAUAUGGCAUGCCUCUAUUUGAAACAUCGGCACUGUUGGAUUCAGAAUGUGAUAAUGUGGAGUCAAUAUUCUUGACCUUAGCACAUAAAUUGUACUCUAAACAGCCAUUGAGAGUUAUUAGUGUGGCGGGAGAAGUCAGUAAGGGUGUGGUCACAUUGUCAAGACAGAGGAAAGUUGGUUGCAGUUCCGAUCAGAAUAGCUGUCUAUGCAACUGAAAAUAACAUUGAAACAUGAAAGUAUCGUCGGUCAGUUAUGAUCCCAACAUAAAUACAGGAAGGGAUCAAAUGAAACAUUUUCCGUUAAAUUAUACAUGAAUUAAUUUUGAAUUGCCUUAGCAAUUUUAUUUUUUAGGACUAAAACUAAUAGCUGAUUCGUAAUGUCAACAUCAUGCUGUCUCUCUCGUACGCCCACAGCGGCGGCAUGCUGUCAACAUGCGCAUAUAUUUAUUCGUUGUUUGAAAGGAUUUGACGGUAGGCAGCUGCUCGGCUCUGUCCUGGUAUUGCCGACGUCCAUGAGCGACGUUGACGACCCUCUAUCAGGUGAGCCGUAUGCUCUUCUGCCUAUAAGGGCAAUAAAAAGAUUUAAAAAAAUAUACCUACAACCCAUAGGAUUGAAAACGUUUCAAACUUUUUUUGAGCGGUUUUGUAUAGCCCUUGGCGUUUUUGGUAGUAAAAAAGUUUAUAUCCUUAUGAGCCAGUGUGAUGGCAACAUGUAACCUAACUUACUGUUCUUUAAAUAUUAUUGUUGGCAUAAAUGGAAUUUCUCAAAUAAGGCCAAUAACGGAAAAUACCUUUCCUAUAUACGUGUCGACUUUUAGUCACACACCAAGGUUCAAAGCUAAUUGGGGGGAAUAAUAGAGUUAGAAUAGGGACAAAUCUGAGAUGUCAAUACUUUUGUUGAGUUGUUAGAUUUAACUUUGUUGAACUGAAAAUGAGUUUUAUAUUAGAUGUUUAAGAAUUUUAAAUGGUUUCAUUUAGUCAUCAAAGUUUUGUAACUCAUUAAAGAUUUUAAGAAGUUAAUUACCUAAAGUUAGGUAAACUUACCUAACAACUAAAUAGUGCCAGCCUCUUCGUAAAAGUCUUGUCCCCAUAUGUAACCUGAUUCACCCCAAAGCCAAGAUGAAUCGGGUCAAUCUAGUUUUUUAAGUUUUUGUGUAUUGUAAUGACCUAUGUAUAAUAAUGCAUCGUACAUAAAAAAAUAAUUUAACCUCCGGAACUAUUUUAGUCUCAAUUUUAUUGGUGUUGCCCUAAAAAAAAUCAUUGAAACACUUGUGUUGGAUUUGGAAAGGGUCCCGAUUCCCCCCAAUGUACGGUAAUUACGUUUAUUAUGUUUAAAUUUUUAUUUAAAUUGUACAGAAAAAAAUUCAAAAUAAAUGUGACAUAAAAAAUAAAUCAAUUUCGAACCAUGAAUCCAUGAAUGGAUAGUCUAAAUCAGGACUAUCUAGUAGGAAAUAUAUAAAACUCGUACUAUUUUCAAUCCCCCAAAGAUGUAAUAAUCUUUACCUGGUUAAUAAUAAUACUGAUCUCACUGUAAAAAGAUAAAUAUGAGGCCAAAUGAAUUUAUAUGAAUUAACAUAGCAAUCUACAUAAUAUGCAAAUCAAUGUCUAUGAUGUAUUUUGUUACUUUAAUUUAAAUGUUAAGAUUCUACAACUUUAAAUUAUUAUAUUAUUGAAGAUUUAAUUUUUAUUAAAAUAAUGUUAUAUUUA